AUGGUGUCCGCAACAAGGCGAGGAGUCGUUGGUGCCGCAAAACCGGCGACCGGGCCUGCAAUGAACGGAAAACGCAAGGCAGAGUCUACAACCACAAAGAAGGCAGAGGGCCAGCAGGCUAAGCGGAGAAAGAGGGACAGCCUUGAGGCAACGGAGACAACACUAGAUGGACAAGACCAAACUCCCACUGCACCCUCGACCAAGCAUAUGAGAUUCGACAGCGAAGAGCCCGAGCUGCCCGAGGAAACACAACUGGAAGAGAUUUCAGAGACACAAAACCAGAUAGGGGAUGACGAUGAUAGCGACGACGAUGCGCCGGAAGCGAUCGAUAACUCGGCCCAACUAUUGAAGAUCAAGGAACACGCAAAGAAAUUGGAGGCGGCGAAGCAAAUAGAGGAACAGAUGAAAAAAGAGAAACGGCGGAAACUCGACGAGCGCCGAAAACUGCAGGCCAAAUCGACCGCAAAGGCUAACGAAGCCAGCACACCGGUCGAUGACCUACAGUCCGAGAGCACGACCACCCUGCAGGGCUCAACCACCCACGAUGUGCGACGCCGUGCCCUUCCCGCCUUGCUCCCCGAUGACAUCCUGAAUGCGGUGCCUGUCGAGCGGCCCCCUACACCUCCAGCCGAGGAUCUAAUCGGGGGGCGAAAGAAGCCCAACAAGCUGAGGUUCUUGGACAAGACCGACAAAGCGCCCAAGGAUGUGCAAAUUGGGGACGUUGCGAUUCGAGUUCUGGAUGCGCCGUCGACCAAGAAGAAAAACUCGCAGCCGAGCCUGGCUCCCAAGAUCUCAAAAGCUGGUCGGAAUAUCAAGGACAAUUGGCUCAAGCACCCGCGCAGUACGGGCCAGGUCAAUGGCCUGCGGCGGACAGCAGGUGGCUCAUCUGGGUUUGUGCGCCGGUGA